AUAAAAGAAAGAUGCAACCUUUUCAUACAAAAGGAAGAUACAUCCACACAUCAAGGACGGCUCACAUUUGAACAUCGUCCUCCGUUUUCUCAUCUUUCUGAUUUAUUCUCAUUGAACAAGGGAGAAAGAUCAUGGAUUGCUACAGGAAGUAUGCAGCUGUCACUUUGACCAUUUUGUCUGUAUUUCUGCAUCUUCUUCAUACUUUCCCAGAUGGAGAAUUUCUCAUGCAGGGUUGUCCAGAGUGCAAGCUAGGGGAGAACAGGUUCUUUUCAAAACCAGGAGCCCCCAUUUACCAGUGCACUGGGUGCUGUUUCUCCCGGGCCUAUCCCACUCCAAUGAGAUCCAAGAAGACCAUGCUUGUUCCAAAGAACAUUACAUCAGAAGCAACGUGCUGCGUAGCAAAGGCUUUCACCAAGAUUACCCUUAAGGACAAUGUGAAGAUAGAGAACCACACAGACUGUCACUGCAGUACCUGCUACUAUCAUAAAUCUUAAAGCCUGUCUGUUUGUUAAUGAUCAAGGACAACGGUGAAUGGAAUAUUUGUUGUUCAGCUUUUAUAGCACCGCCGUGUAUAAUCUUGUGUUUUCUGGGCAAGACACCGAGUAGACUUGUGAAUGAGAUGGAUGGCUGUUUUAUUUCCUCUUUGCUUCUUCAUGCAUUUAAGUAAGUUUAACUAUUUCCAUUAGGGAUUAGAUGCAGCACUUGCAUGACAACCAUAAGCUUGAUCUGUUUUUAAAAUAAACUGUCAGAUAAAAAGUCAAUGUUUCGUGAGGAAAAAUGAUGAUUUCAUAGCUUAACAAAAGAGAGAUUUUGUACUACAUUUUUAGGUUUGUUUGUUUUUGUGGUAGAGGGAGGAAGGAGGAAGAGAGGGAUGAGAAAGGGGCAGGAAAAGAAACAGUAAUUUCCCCUCAUUCAUUGAGUGGUUUGUUUUAUUUCUAAACACAACAUUUUCUUUUUCUUGCUUCUUUGCUGUUUUUUUUACUUUGGCAUAAAGCUUAACAGCAAUCUGUGCAACAUGCUCUGCCUUUCUGUGACAUCUUUGAUUUUGCUUGGAAUUUAAUCUUCUCCCAUAUCAAUAAAUGGAUGCAGAAGGUGAUGUUGCAAAGUGCUAUGCAGUGUAGUGGUGCUAGAGGACAGGCACGGCACAUCUGUAUUAGCUAUUUAACGUGUGGCUGAGCAGCAUGGCAUUGGGCUUUAGUAAUUCUCAAAUGCAAUGUGCCAGACUGAGAUAUACAAAUGAGAAAGGAACGGAUUGUGUUAGGUCAGAAAUGGACCACAGAAUAUGUAUUUAGAAUAGAUGAACUUCAAGUUUUAAAUGGGGAUUUUAGAGAUAGCGCUUGUUUGGUUGUAGGUUGGAGCAGGGCAUCUGCUUCUGAAUCUGCAGCCUGCCCAUAUGAACAUGAAAUAAAUUAAUUCCACUUGUUUUAACCCAAAUAUAUGGAAUGAGAAUGUCAGUCCUGCUGUGAUCACUGAAUGCAAAGGUUUAAAUGUCCAAACAUUUAAACAUGUCCAAAAUGUCUCCAAACACCUUCAAUAUAUUUGUGGGUAUUUCCCUGCAGCAGAUACUGUUAGGGUAGCGAUGCAGAUGUGUAACACAGCUUCUGAUAGAGAAAGAGAAGGGUACUUUGGGGUGAGGCUGUGAGUACAGCUGCUCGCCUCAGGGCAUGGCUAUGGCUGAUGUCUUCUGCAGUCCUAAAUGACAGACCUGCAGGGCUAGGUUGUGAUGGGGCCCUGGAGCAGCCCAGGACUGGCAGGAUCUAAUCAUGGCUUAAAUCUACUGUACACUGAUAUUUUGUCUAUGAUAAGUUUGUUUCAGUAUUGCUUUUGUUCAAAGGGGAGGUAGUCCAGUAGGGUGGUCUUUAGUAUGAAUUUAAUAACAUCAGCAGAAAAGGUUUUCAUAUUGAGAAGUCUAAUCUCUCACUCCGGAUCAUCGCUCAAUACAUUAUAGGAAUACAUGUCAAGCAGCCACUAAAGCUGACUCACAAUUCCAACCUGUUGUGCAAUUUUAUUAAAUAUGAUUGAUGCAGAUACUUUCACAGGGGAUCUGGAUCCUGCCUGGGAUUUCUAGGCAACGAGAGAGGAGUGAUCUGAAGCUGCAAGCUGAUUGCCUUUGAGAAUGGCAUUGUAAUUUCUCAUAACUUUGACAGGAUGGAGAAUACAUUUUCCGAGGUUGCUUUGCAGUGGAGAUGUGACUUUUUGCCCUGUGAAACAUCUCCUUGGGUAGACUCUGAGUCAAGUGAGAUCCUUCAGCAGCGUCUUUUACCGGAUGGUCUGUUUGUCCCUGUGCUGCUCACAAGAGCAGGUUGGUGACAUGAUGAAGUUCUGUUUGCAUCUAUUGAAGCAACUGUCAUCUUUUUCAUAGUGAAAUAAUAGAAAUACUGAAAAAUGGUAACAAAUUAGAGACCCACACUUUGAAGAAAACAUGAGAUGCUGAAGCCCUGUAUCAUUUUGGAAUGACUGUUCUGCUUUACGUUCCCCGUGGCUCAUUCCCUCUUGCUUGUACAGAACCACUUACUCCUCAGUUUCUCAACUCACAGGUCCCCCUCCCCUCUGAAGUAUCAAGGGCUAGCAAAGUGCUUAUUGUAAGAGCAUGUGGAAUGUGCGAGCACCCCCUUCAUUACCUUAUCUGGUUAAAGCCCUUCAGUCUGAAAGAAACACCGCUUAACAAGGAAAGUAAUAAAUUAAACACUGAGGUACACAAAUCUAGCAGCAGGUGAUAAGGGAGACAAUGACAAAGAGCAGACCCUUUCAGCCUGUGACCAAUGGGCUGUUACCAAUGGGCCCUGGGGUGGUGAAGGGAUGGUGGUAGCAGCCUAAGCUUUGUGACUGCUGAGAAAUGGAGAAUAAGACUGACUUGGGGAGAUAUCUGAGGGAGGCUUGUGGGGCUGUGCAAGGCUUACUGCGGGGUAUCAGGAAGAGCUCACUUAGAGAAAGGACCAGAGGUGGAAGAAGGAGUAGCAGUAGUCAGGGGGAUUGGGGUGAACUGGGGAGGAGACUGAACUGUUUAUCUGUGCAUGUGAGUGUGAAAAGCAAAGCGGCAGCUAGGAAAGUGGUGGUGCUCAGUGAGUGAGCUUGUGCAUGGUCAGGGCCAGGAAAUACAUUGCUGCAUGUCAUGAGAAAGCUAAUGUAGUUGACCGUAAUAGAGAAUGAGUAGUUGAGAAGCUGCUUGGGAUAUGAACAGGAAUAGAAGCUGGAAGGCAACAUAGACACAUACCUAUAAGGGCUAAAUGCCAAAUUUCCAGUAGAAAUGGAAAACAGAAAGAAAAGUACAAUAUAGAUUCCUUGUGUUAGAAAAUGGCUGGGACAGAGGGUGGAUCAGUUCUAUACAUUUAAGAGGGGCGCUGAGACAAGAGAUCAGAAAAUCAGAAGAGUCUGAUCUCUUGUUUGUGCCAAUAGCCAGCGUGCAGCUUCUGUGUUUCAGCACGAGGAUGGAGAUAAAAUGAAGUCCUUGUCAGUGUGGUUUAUAAGCAGCAGUGAAUCAGUCAGGCUAAUACUGCAGAUUAAAAAUGCUGAAGAUCAUGUGGGCUGAAGGUAUAAAUGAUACGUUUUUACUGUCACGGUGACCUAUUUAAACCUACAUCACCAUGGCCCUAAUAACAAAAUUCAUUCUGUGCACAGAGAAGCUUUCUGACAAAGCUCUGUUUGCUGAGGGCUUGUGCCCAGCCUCACUGAGGAACAUUUUGCUGCGUCCUCAGCAGAUCUCUCCCUUUGUGGAGAUCUGAAGUAUUUACCUAUUGACCAAAAAAUGCUCAAAACCAAACUAGGGGUUAAAGUGCUGCUGAGGAGCAGAUGUGUGGAUGGUGAGUGUGGGUGCCUCCCUGCUGGAAGCUGUGAUGAUUUGGAGGUAUUGCAAUUUCCAUUCCCCAGCUGACAAGAUCAGGAGGGGUGAGCUCUCAGUAGGAAGAUAAAGGCUGUGAGCUGUAGGGAUUUUAAUGAAAUGAAAUUUGUGACAAGGCCUCCUACUCUUUGCAAGUCUGAGAAGCUGCAAAUUAGCAGGAGCCUUCCUUUCCUCAUCCUUCACCCUGUCUAAACAAUGAUUUUAAACAGCGGUCAGGGAGAAAGGGAAGCUUAUCCCAGAAUCUUUGCUGGCCAAGUGCAGACUGCAUGGCUCCCCUUUGCAGCAGGGUGAAAGAGGGCUGCUCAGAUGAGCCUGGAAGUCAACUGAAUACAUGUAUGUACAGAAGAAGCCUCCACAGUGGGAGAGAAGGCCAUCUGGCUAUGUCAGAGAGCAUUGCCAUGAAGAAAGAGAGAUGAAAAUAGCUUUAGGGAAUAUGCAAACACAUUUUGUGAUGGAUUAAAACCAAUGAUUCAUUAGUGUCUGGAGGAUUCCCCCUUGAAGGGGUUUCCCUAUUGCUCUGCAGUUUCCCGUGCUUCUGGCAUAAGGUAACUAAACCCAGCAACUGGCUACAGUCACAUACACAACCACUGCUUAUGCAUCAUACAUUCACUAUACUACAUGUGCACAGUCACUGUCCUGCCAGGCCAUUGGGCAUAUUGAUAGAAACCAAUGUUCCUUGGGUUGAGGGAAACAGCAAAAAAGCAGGGUAUUUUUUGCUUUGUUUUGUGGGGUUUCUUUUUCUGGGGGGGAAGGGGUUGUUUGCUAGAUGGUGUAUGUCGGGGGGAAGGAGAGUGGUGAUAAGGCUUCAGCUCAGUGUAAUUUCUUGGGAAUUUAUCUUCUAUUUAUUUGAUAAUUUGUUCCUCAAAAUCAUCUGUCUGUCUUCGCAGUGUGGUUGUUCCAAAAGCAUUAAAAAUGCCUUUCUGGUCACAGCAUUCAUCUGUGUAGCCCAAGGAUUCUUUCUGACUCUGGCCGUAUCAGAUGCUGCUUUAGGGCAAAAUAAAAGGCUGGCCACUUCUUGCAGACAUUUCCCUUUGUAUCCUUCUCAGUAUCCACAUUUGAUUUUUGGGAGUAUUAGAGAGUUCUUUUUUUCCUUGUCCUUUUUGUUGCUACUCAUGGACUCCUUUUCUAUGAAUUUAUCUAGACCCAUUUGAAGCUGCUGCUAUUAUCUGCCUCCAUAACCUCCUGUCACAGUAAGUUACAGAAUUGUGAAAAAAGUACCCACUUUAAUCUGUUUUAAACUAAUCUCCUAGAUAUUGCUUUCAUGAUUUUAUAAUCCACAAUCAUUUUUCUUCUCUGUGUUUUCCUCUCCGUGACAAAGAGCCCGGUAUUUCUAGGUUCUCCCGUUAGGCAGCCGUUGGAUCAUUUUCCUUGCUUUUCUCUGUACCAGCUUUAACUCUUCUGCAUCCUUCCUCAGCUGCAAAGG